UAUGACAUUGUUUCAUGGGAUUGGACGAGAGUCGGAGUCGACUUUAAGACUAUUGGUUCAUACAUGCCAGCUACAAGAAAGAUCAGCAUCAAUCCAUCCUUAAUCCAGUGGAAUUUGGAAGAUAACUUGAUUCCAUUUUCUAAUUGUUCAACGAUGUGUGAACCUGGACAGAAGAAAGUCCCAAGAGGGAUUUUUCCUUGCUGCUACAACUGUGAAGAUUGUCCCUCUGGAACAUUCCUGAAUCAAAGUGCUUUGGGUCAAAUCCGUUGCUCUGCCAUAUCCAAUGUGCACAGCACAGUUUCUUUAAAGUGGCCUCCAUGUGAAUUAAUCAUAAUUAAAUUUGUUGCAGAUCCCUACAGUUGUGUCGAUUGUCUCUGGCAUCAGUGGUCACCUCCAAGGAGCCAUCACUGCAUGGAACGGGAGCUAAACUAUCUGGAAUGGCAUGCACCUUUCUCUAUAUUUCUAUUGAUGUUGACGAAUGGUGGACUUUUGCUGACCAUUAUCAUAGUAAUCAUCUUUAUACUUAAUUACAACACUCCAGUUGUCAGGUCUGCUGGUGGCAGAAUGUGUUUUCUCAUGCUUGCAUCAAUAAUCUGUAGCUUUUCCUGUGCGUUUUUCUACAUUGACAAACCAAACAAAGCAUCCUGCCAAAUAAGACAGAUGAUUUUCACAGUCAGCUUCAACAUCUGCCUGUCUUGUAUCUUGGUUAGGUCAUUUCAAAUUGUCUGUAUCUUUAAACUGGCUGCCAAGUUGCCCAAGGCCCACGAAUAUUGGGUUAAAUAUAAUGGACAGUACAUAUUCAUCUUUUUAAGCACCUUCAUCCAAAUCAUCAUUUGCACUGUGUGGAUGAUUACAGGCCCACCCAGCACUCAUGGGCAUAUCAUUACGAAAGCAAUUGUCCUGGACUGCAACAUUGGUAACACCAUUGGCUUCUCUCUCAGUUUUCUUUACACUGUUUUUCUAACAGUAGCAUGUUUCAUCUUUGCUUAUAUGGGAAGAGACCUACCAAAAAAUUACAAUGAGGCUAAGUUCAUUGCCUUCAGUAUGAUGAUCUGUUUUGUGUAUUACAUUCUGUAUAUGACAUCAAUGGUCACCCCCAAUCAGGAAAGGUACACCUCAUACAUACAGACUUUCCUAACUGUCACUAGUGCCUUUAGUAUUGCUCUGGGCUAUUUUGUUCCAAAAUGUUACAUCAUUUUGUUUAUGCCGCAGAAUAACACCAUGGUUUAUUUCCAAUCCUGCAUUCAGGAUUACACGAAGAGGCAGAAUGAUGCAAAUUAAAUUGCUUCAGUCCCUCACCUGGUCCUCUAGCUGUUAGUGUUUACAGUGUAGCAGAAAGAAGUGCAACAUGUCAUUCUUCCCUUGGAUUCUAUAGGACCCUUCUUUUUAUGUUCAAUCUUGACUUUGUCAAGCAUCCUGCUAAAAUCCAUGCAUGCUACACAGUAACACUGUUUGUCACCUUUAAAAAAAUCUGAUGUUCUUAGAGAGGACUCCUUUCUUUAAAAUAAUACCCCUUAAAAUUCUACUACUUUAACCAUUUCUUUGGUCAAAUAUCUCCUCUUGGCUCAGUAUCGGUUUUUUUUCCCCUGUCCAAAUGAAACAUGUUGGUAUCUUCUUUUGUUGAAGGUUCUACAGUAGUUCAGAUGCAAAGUACUGCAGAUGCUGGAAAUGAAUGGUAUUUCCUGCCAUAGUAGAGAAUUAGGCCUGAAAUUCAAAUCUGCACUGUGAUAACAAGGAAGUUUGAGACAUGCUGAUAAUAUUGUUACAGCUAUGUGCCACCUUGUUAAGAUUCUCAAUUGUUUCAUUUGCAGUGACUGAUUUCAGUAAUUUAAGUUGUGUUGGAUCUCUGCAAUUCAUGGAAAAUAUGUGUGAAAAAAUAAAACAAGACAUGUUGCAUUUUAUUAUUUAAAGGGGGUGAUUCUUCAUGAAGUGUAGAAUCCCAAAUUCAACACUUGCUUCCCACUGUUGUUGGGAUAACUUCAUUAUUGCAAGAUUAGAGAACACUAAUUCUGCUUCAUUACAGAAAGAUCAGGCAGCGUCUGUGGAAGGGAAAUGGACAGAAAGUGUUUUGAGUGGGACCCUUUUUCAGACUGGACAGUCACAAUUUUCGGGUUCAGCUUUUUCUGUAAACAAUCUAGAUACUGGGAUUUAUGAAGCUUAUGUUAA